UGCCUGGAGACGACGGAAACGUUUGGGAGCAGCGAUGGAGAAGUAUGAGAAAAUCAAAGUUGUCGGGAGAGGAGCUUUCGGUAUUGUUCACCUGUGCCGCAGGCGAGGUGACGGGGCCUUUGUCAUCCUGAAGGAAAUCCCAGUGGAGCAGAUGUCACGAGACGAACGUCUGUCGGCUCAGAACGAGUGUCAAGUCCUUAAACUGCUCAACCAUCCAAAUAUUAUAGAGUACUAUGAGAAUUUCCUAGAAGACAAAGCCCUCAUGAUAGCUAUGGAGUAUGCACCAGGUGGAACUCUGGCGGAUUACAUACAGAAGCGUUGUAACUCCCUGCUGGACGAGGACACUAUCCUUCACUUCUUUGUGCAGAUCUUACUUGCCCUGUACCACGUCCACAACAAACUGAUCUUGCACAGAGACCUUAAGACUCAGAAUAUUCUUCUUGACAAGCACCAGAUGAUCGUCAAAAUUGGUGACUUUGGUAUCUCCAAAAUCCUUGUCAGCAAGAGCAAAGCUUAUACGGUUGUUGGGACCCCAUGUUACAUCUCCCCAGAGUUGUGUGAAGGAAAGCCAUAUAACCAGAAGAGUGACAUCUGGGCCUUGGGCUGUGUGCUCUAUGAGCUAGCGAGCCUCAAGAGAGCCUUCGAGGCUGCGAAUCUACCCGCACUCGUUCUAAAGAUCAUGAGUGGAACAUUUGCUCCAAUUUCCGACCGGUACAGCCCAGAGCUGCGACAGCUCAUCCUCCACAUGCUCAAUCUGGAUCCAUCCAAACGGCCCCAGCUUAAUGAAAUAAUGGCUCUCCCUGUAUGCAUCAGGCCCCUGCUAAAUCUCUACACGGAUAUAGGCAACGUCAAAAUGCGCCGGAUUGAGAAACCGCUGUCUAGUAUGCACACUGGAACUCAGGGUAGACAAGGAGGCAGAGUUCCUACCAACAGGUCCAGAGAUGGAUCAGUGGGUUUAGGGUCAGGGAAGGUUCAUUCUCUCCUGCUGUCGUCAGUGUACACGUGGGGAAGUGGAAUCUCAGCACCUCUCCGACUGCCGAUGCUCAACACCGAGGUGCUUCAAGUGUCUCUGGGCCGCACUCAGAGGAUGGGGGUGACCAAGUCUGGCCGUCUGAUUACAUGGGAGGCUCCAUCAGUGGGUUCUGGUGAGGCCGGUCUGCCCGGUGUGGUGGAGCAGCUGCAGCCUCAGUUCAUUUCACGUUUCCUUGAGGGUCAGUCUGGAGUUACCAUCAAGUCUGUGUCCUGUGGCGAUCUUUUUACCACCUGCAUGACAGACAGGGGCAUUAUUAUGACGUUUGGAAGUGGGAGCAACGGCUGUCUGGGACAUGGAAACUUCAAUGAUGUAACACAGCCAAAGAUAGUUGAGGCCCUCCUCGGCUACGAGCUGGUUCAGAUGUCCUGUGGUGCUUCCCACGUAGUCGCUGUGACCAAUGAAAGAGAAGUAUUUGCCUGGGGAAGAGGAGACAAUGGUCGCCUCGGGCUAGGUAACCAAGACUCCCACAACUGUCCACGGCAGGUGUGUUUACCUGUGGAAUUUGAGGCCCAGAGGGUGAUUUGUGGAGUCGACUGCUCAAUGAUUAUCAGCACCCAGUACGGCAUUGUGGCCUGUGGAAGCAACAGGUUCAAUAAGCUCGGGUUGGAUAUAAUAACAGCUGGAGAGGAAUCAAAUCCCUCGGAUCAGUUAGAAGAAGUCAACUCUUACACUCAUGUCCAAUCAGCCCCACUCGACAGUGAGAAGAUUGUUCACAUUGACAUUGGGACAGCCCAUUCUGUUGCAGUCACAGAGAGGGGUGAGUGUUUUACGUUCGGCAGCAACCAGCACGGUCAGAUGGGCUGCAGCUCCCGUCGCAGCAGCCGUGUUCCCUACCUGGUGCCCGGGCUGCAGGGCAUCACCAUGGCCGCCUGUGGAGACGCUUUCACCUUGGCUAUCGGAUCUGAUGGGGAGGUGUACACCUGGGGAAAGGGUGCCCGCGGCCGCCUCGGAAGAAAAGAGGAGGAUUCUGGGAUACCAAAGGCGGUGCAGCUUGACGAAAGUCACCCAUUCACGGUGACAUCGGUAGCUUGUUGUCAUGGCAACACCCUGCUGGCAGUGAAACCUUUGCUUGAGGAACCUGUCCAGAGAUGAUUUUGUCCUAAAAACAAACACACCCCCACUUAGCAGUCGUCCUGCAGUCUGGCAGUGGCCUGAGGUGAAGCUUCCUCUGAAUAUAACUCUUCCCAGAGGCCCAUCUGUGCUGCAGUUGAAAGAUUUCCUUUCACACUGCAGCUGCGGCCUCAGAUUCUCACUUGGUCUUCCUCUCCAUCAAGUUUUUUUCUCUCUUCUGUUUGUUUCGUUCAACAGUUUGAUAUCUUACAGAAAAGCACAAAAAAGCUGUGUGUAGCAGCAGGUAUGUCACAACAGGUUAGAUAAGAGAAAUGUUGCAACCCUGUCAGCUACUUAAUAUGGAUUACAGGAUGUCAUUAGCCAGCUUUCAUGUGGAGAGCUAUUGUCCUCUCUCACAUGCAGAGUUAGCAUGAUAAAGGCCAGAAAAAGUCAAACUGGUUUGAGCUUCCUUAAGCCACCUAUGAAGAGUGAAAGCCACUUCAGUGUCAUCAGUCGAGUGAACCAAACACAGUGACCUCGAUCACGCCGUCAGCGAUCACAUUGUAUAUUAUUGGAUUAGUCCUCCGGUACAUUUGUAACUCAAAGGCUGCGCUCAAACCAGAUAACGCUGUUGUGUUCAUCUUUAAAACUUAAUGUGUCGGAAAAUAGUGCCUCGUUCACUACUCAGCAGGUGGCAGGGGUUGGUCACAAGUAAAGUCGUUUUUAAAAUAAAUUAUA